AGGAAGGCGUUAUGUUUCUAUCAAGAAAGUACAACCAUGUGGUCCCCCUACCUACCCCCAUGGUGUUUUUAUAGUCCUAAAUGUUGUUUUGUCGUGGAACGUGAUGAAUAUGUGGGUACAUUCGGUUACUUCCUUUUAGUGGCCACACUAGAAAGGUUCGAUCAUCUAAGAUGCUGAGUAAAUUUCGCCUAGAUCCGUUUUGAUGGGCAUUAUGGCUUUAUAGUCUGCAACACAUUGUGGCUCUCAAAAUGUCGUAAACACAACCCUACAAUGAUACAGCAAUAGAUUACGAUGUUUGGCCUACGAUUCUGACUUGGAAACUGUAAAACAGUGAGUGUUUCCAUUGUUUCAAUGGUUGGCGGGCGCAAUUAGCUAUAGCCUAGUUUGCGGGAUCGGCUGUUUCACGUUGUCCAACCCCAUUCAACAUUAGCAUAGAGAGAUCAUUGGUUGGAAUCCCGCGGACGACACAUAGCUAUGGGGCUUCUGAACAGUCGCAGCGAGUUAAAUAUCCCGUAUUCUCGGAGUCAAAGGGGUGAGUAGCUAGCUUGGCCAAACGACAGACAACGAGUUUGGGACAUUGACAACGCCAUGGAAAGGAAAGGAGAGCGAGGUGGAGACUUUGAGAUGGCAGUGAAUGUCCAUGUCAAGCCUGGUGAGAAACACAACCGCUAUGAGCUGCUGGCUUGGCUCAAUGAAUCUCUACAGACCAGGUUCACUAAGGUGGAGCAAACAUGCUCAGGUGCUGCGUUCUGCCAGCUGAUGCAUUGUCUGUUCCCUGGUUCUGUGGACGUACAGAAAGUGAGGUUCCAGGCCAGUGAUGAGGUGGAUGCCCUUCACAACUACAGUGUGCUGCAGGCCAGCUUCAGGAGGAGUGGGGUGAUCAUAUCAAUCCCAGUGGAGGGUCUGAUCGGAGGGAGCUCUGGGGCGAGCCUGGACUUCCUACAGUGGUUCAAGGUGUUCUUUGACUCCAACCACAAGGGCCAGGAGUAUGAUGCUCUGGAGUGGCGGGCUGGACAGAGCAUGCCGCCUGCUAAUGCUGCUAAACAGCCACAAAGACCCAAAGCCCUGACACAACUCAACUUCUCUAGGGAAGUGGAGAUGUCUGAGGGGCCCUGGCAGAACCAGGAAAUGGCACUGGAUGUUCAAACAGCAGAGGAGAAGGAGGAUACGUUUUCCCCUUUCAGCCCCAGCCUGCUGCAGCUCAUCCAGAAGCACUGGCCCAGCCCAGCAAAGCGCGGGACAGAACUUACCCAGGAUCAGGUAGCCAGACACGUUCUGGGUCAGAAAUACCCUCAGGAUAUCACCGCUGCCUGCUUCCAGACCCCCUACUGCCUCUACCUGUACCGAGGUGUGGAGCUGGGAGGCGAUGGAGACCGGGAGACGGCCAGUGUGCUCCUAAUGGGCUACUUUGACCAGAGGUCAGGGGUCAAACACGUGCGCCUGCUAGACACCCUUCAGCCCAGGGAUGCCACAGUGUCAUCUGGUACAGCUGAGCUGAACUGUCUGGUGGAGACUCUGAGGAGGUUUGAGCUCCCCUUGGCGAACUUGGCUGUGUUCUACUGUGGAGACUCAGGGCUGAGCCAGGUGUUGGUGACCGGGCUCAGGGCCCUGAACCCUGGGCUGGUGUCCCUCUGUGAUCUCCCUGGCCUGGCUGGACGAGCGUGUCACGUGGGCGUGACGGCGCUACCGGAGUCGGUCCUGGAGCUGGUUAGAGACAUCCACCACCACUACUCCACCUGCCCCACCACCAACGACAACCUCAAGGAGAUAUUUGCCGAUGUGGCACCCUUGGACCCUCUCCUUCCCCUGUCGUCCCAGUGCCUUUUCCUGGGCAGGACGGUGCAGAGGAUUGCAGACGCCUGGCCUAAGCUGCUCCAGUACUUUGAGUCCCGGGGCAAUGAGGGGGACGCGGAGCAAGUGUGUGCCCGUCUAAGGGACCUAAAAGUCAGACUGAGUCUGCUGUUCCUGGGGCAAGCCUUGGAGCCUCUCUGUGCCUUCCAGGAGCUCCUUGAAUGGGGCGACUCUGACGUGGCCAACAUCCUACAGCAGGCCUCCAGCCUGGUGCACUCUUAUGCAGCCAGCUUCCUCUGCUCGCCCGCCGUGGACCGCUUCCUGAGGCGGCGGGAGCCCAAGCUCCUUGCCAACGAGAAGGACCACCUCCUGAGGGUGGAGGUGAACACGGGCGCCCGCGUGAAGGACUUCGUGUCGGAACAUCAGGCAGAACUCAAAGACGAUGUCGUUGACUCUUUCCUGGAGAGCAGUGUCUCCUUCUACAAGGCUACCACCUGGAGCCUGAUGGAGAGCCUGCCACUGCCCAACGUGGCCCUGAAGAACAUUCCCAUCCUGCUGAGGCCUGCUGGGAGGCUGGAGGUGACGGGUAGGGUGGUGGCCGAGCUGGGGUCCCUCAUGGGGCUGUGUGGAGUCCCGGGGGACAUGGCCCUGCUGACCGAUGAGUUCCUGGAGUAUAUGAUCUCAGAGGGUGAGAAGCCUACCGUCGAUUCUCCCUCCCCUGGGCCCACGGUGGAGCAGCACUGGAAACAGGUGCUGAGGACCAUGGGGAAGACAUCUAUCCUACGGAGGCUGAUCUGCAGCCUGCUUACUCUCCCCUCUGGCUCUCUGCAAAGGGACAAGGUCUUCGCUCAGGUUACCUUGCUUGGUGUUGGUAGUCGGGAUGAGGAUGACUGUCUCACAGAAGAGACAGAACACAGUGAGGACGAAGGCAUACCCUCAUCACCCUCAAGUCCUCUGAAACAGGAGAGCAACUCAUCUGAUGUGAUUGACAUCACAGAGCCUGCUGAACCCAGGCUUGUUCAGACAGACACAAGACCAGCGCUAAAGAUGACUGAGUCUAUUGACGUUAUUGAUCUCGGUGACAGCGAUGACAGCGAUGAUGACGUUAUUUGGACUGCGACCACACAGCACAAGCUUAAAGAUGGCAAUGCCCUGCUGAUGGCCACAUCCACCCCUGAUGGAACAUCUAAGGCAUCCUCCUGCCUGUACGAGGAUGAGAAGGGCUACAAUGUGGGGGAUCUGGUAUGGGGACAGAUAGAGGGAUACUCUCUGUGGCCAGGGAUUGUCCAGCCCUGGAAGGGACGGCAGGCAGCCAAAAGCAUCCGGAAAGUUGAAUGGUUUGGGGAUGGCAUGUUUUCCGAGAUAAACACCCAGGGACUGCUGCAAUUUGGAGCGUUUGCACAAUUUUUCUGUGCAAAUAGCUUCGCCACCCUCGUCACGUACAGGGAUGCUAUAUUCCAAUCUUUACAGGUGGCUGCUUCAAGAUGUAGGAAGGUGUUUUCCCCGGGCUCAGAGGAGCGGGAGGAGCACCUCAGGGAAAUGGUGGACUGGGCCUUCGGCGGUUUCAAACCCACUGGCCCAGAUGGUUUCCAACCACCACUCCAGACAGAGGCUAAAGGGAUUGCUAAUGGGAAGCAACCGGAUCAAAAAAAGGCAACAUCCAUCAACAGCAAACUGCACAACCUGCGCCAGGUGUCUGUGUGUCUCACCAAGCUCUCGCUGAACCUGGACAACGGCACCUUCAACCUCAGGCAGGAGGAGGAUACAGGUGCCUCGUCCAACAAGGGGAAAAAUUAUCAAAAUCCAGACUGUCAGCCAACACUCAAAAAACAAAAGCAGCAGUACAACAAAAAAAAAGACCCAGGCUACGUCUAUGAACAUCCGGACCAGAAAUACAGAGAGAAGAUGGUUCAAAGGGUACAGAAAAAAAGACUGGACAUUGAAGCUUUCUGCCUGUGCUGUAUGGCUGACGACAUAGAGAUUUUCCAUCCACUGUUUGAAGGAAGCCUUUGCCUUAAAUGCAAGGAUAACUUCACUGAGACUCUCUAUCGAUACGAUGAGGAUGGCUACCAGUCAUACUGUACAGUGUGCUGUGCUGGCCUGGAGGUCAUCCUCUGUGGGAACGACAGCUGCUGCCGCUCCUACUGCUUGGACUGCCUAAACAUCUUGGUUGGCCCAGGUACCUUUGACUCUCUGAAGGAGGUGGAUCCAUGGAUCUGCUACCUGUGUGAACCACACAAUGCCCACGGUGCCCUGAAACCCCGUCUUGACUGGAGCAUCCGUGUCCAGGAGUUUUUUGCAACUAACAGUGCCUUUCAGUUUGAGCCCGAUCGGGUAUACCUGUCCAUCCCUGCCAACCUGCGUCGACCAAUCAGCGUCCUCUCACUGUUUGAUGGGAUUGGCACAGGUUACUUGGUGCUGAAAGAGCUGGGAUUCAAGGUGGACAAAUAUGUGGCCUCGGAGAUCUGUUCGGAGUCCAUCGCCGUUUCCGAGAUCAACCAUGAAGGCAAGAUCAUACAUGUGGAUGAUGUCCGGCUCAUCACCAAAGAGCACAUCCAAAAGUGGGGUCCGUUCGAUCUGCUCAUUGGUGGGAGCCCUUGCAACGAUCUGUCCAUGGUGAACCCAGCACGGAAGGGACUGUUUGAGGGAACGGGGAGGCUCUUCUUUGAGUAUUACCGGCUUCUUCACAUCAUGAAGCCCAAAGAAGACGACCAGAGGCCGUUCUUCUGGUUUUUCGAGAACGUGGUGUUCAUGAACAACCACCACAAGGUCGACAUCUGCCGCUUCCUGGAGUGCAACCCGGUUCUGGUGGAUGCGGUGAAAGUGAGCCCGGCCCACAGAGCGCGAUACUUCUGGGGCAACAUCCCUGGGAUGAACAGACCCAUCAUUGCAUCCCAGAACGACAAGGUUAUUCUCCAGGACUGCCUUGAAAGGGGAAGAGUUGCCAAGUUCACAAAAGUGAGGACCAUCACCACCAACCCGAACUCCCUCAAGCAGGGCAAGUACGUGCGCAAGCUCCCUGUAUCAGAGAAAGGCGUGGAUGACAACCUGUGGAUCACGGAGUUAGAGAAGAUCUUCGGCUUCCCCAAGCACUACACCGAUGUAAAGAACAUGAAUCGUCAGCAGAGGCAGAAGGUGCUGGGGAAGUCCUGGAGUGUGCCUGUGAUCCGCCAUCUCUUUGCCCCACUGAAGGACUACUUUGCUUGUGAACAACUUCCCCCGGUCCUUUCACAGCCAAGGGGGGGGGGGUCAAUCAUGGUGUAGUCCCCAGGAGUGACAGUCAGGUUCAGCAAGGGCGCUUACCCUCCACCCUACGGGGCUGUGGCCAAUAAGAGAGAACAAAAUUUACAAAACAAAAAAAUAGAAAACAGAAAAUGCCCACAACAAAAAAAUCUACUUAUCUGAUCUUUUUAAUCUUUUAAUUGUUCUACUUAAACCCUUUUAUGCAUCUCUUUUAUUAUUGUUUGUUCACACUGAUUUUUUCUUACCUGACACAAAGGCCAAGCAAGAAGAAAUGGAUCGAAAGAGCAGACACAUCUUACUAAGACAAAGCUUCUUCAUCAUCAUCGUUGGGUUCACAAUCUGAUUGUGUUAAUAGUUCUGAGUUGGAUAAUCCUCUCAUUGGGUUAUUAUUCAUUUAUGUCUCUAUUUUUAAUGGAAAAUGACUUGAUAUUUGGCCUCUAUUAGAUGGCUUGAGAUUUCAUGUAUGUUUGUUUUUUAAUGAGGUGAUGUCAAUGGCAUCACACCUCCCUACUAUGAGCACUGUCACUUUCUGUCCAAGUCAAAGCUGUGACAUGCAGGGAUGUUCUCAACAAAGAUGGUUAGAUCCAGCAAGACUACCUCUGUGUUGCUUUAUGCCAGCCAUACGAGAAACACUCAAACAUAUCUGCUGCUAACAAGCCACCUUCUACUGUAAAUAUAAUGUAGAAUUGAAGUUGUUAUGGUAUGAUAAUACUGUAAAUAAUUUGGUCAGAUAUUGGAUGUUUUUAUAAGAUUCCUUUUGUGUGAAAGGAGGCAGACAGAAUCAUGUUCAUUUUUUAAAUCUUUCUUAAAAACGGAUUGCUAUUGUGUUAAGCCAAGGGCUAUAUAGUGAUGUCUUAUUUAAAAAUGAAUAGUACAAAUACCAUUUUUAUGAAAUGUUUAAUAUGAUGUCAUGGUUGCGUUUUAUUGUAUCGUCAAUCAUAUGCAAAUGAUUUUGCAAAUGGUGAUUGUAGUAUGUGAUACAAAUGUAAUCCAAAUAGAUUAUUAUAAUAAUUAGUAUAAAUUAAAGGUAGACUCAGCGAUAUGAUGUAGAUGCAGAAAGUAAACAGCAUAGUGGGUCGAUUUCCGCAACAACUAAGAGCGUUGAAGCGCGAGGCUCAACUUCUCAGCUGUUUUGAUGCCCUGGCUACCACGCUGUGAACCCAUGCACAGAUACUGUGUGUGACUGUGAGAGUAACGUCUUGCAUCUCGCUCAUCUCAAUAUCUGCAGUGCUGCUCGUGGCAACGUCAUUUCACUGAGUCUACCUUUAAACUACAAUACUUGCCCAAAAGACCAUCGGGUCACAUAUUUACAUUUCAACCAGGCCUACCUCAAAGCAGCGAACCGGUCAGCACUGGGAACAACCACUGGUCUUUCAUCCUAAUGAGCUCCAACAUGUAUUUUUUUGUCAAUCGGGUUCGGGUCUGAUUUGUUCUUGAGACUAGUAGUGUCACAUCUAGUAAUAAACACUACCAACAUUUUGCACCCAAGAGGACCUCUAGUGCAUACAUUGCUUUGUAAGUGUGUAGUUUGUGGUCAAGCCUUUAGUGAAAAAAGCCCAUUCAGAAGAAAUGGCCCUUUCAUAUCACAGAGGAGCCUUUGGUGACAACAUUACAACCAUCUACAUUCUAGAAGAAAAGGAGGAAGUCACUGUGAUAUUAAGUUUGAGAUACACAUUUAGCGGUUUAUCCUACCCCAUGUUGGAUUGGAGGGAAUCAUGCAAGUAAUUGUUAAUUUACCAAUCGACCAAAUACUUCACACUAGAAGAAGUUAAGCUACUUCAGGACAAAUUAUCAUAUCUAAAGCCGAAAUGUCAUAGGCUACAAGAAUGUGUAAUUUGCCAUAUUAACACAAAAACUAUGUUUCAAGUGCGAAUUAAGCUGUUCUGUUGCUGAAAAAUAAAGAAAAUGUUUGCUUA